UCUAGUCUAGUAGCCUAGCUCCCCACAUCACUUCGCUGUCCUGUUGACGAUUAGCUCUUCAUUGAACACGACCAUAGAUAUAUCUAUUGAACACGACUAUGUUCCCGUUAAUGUUAUUAUGGCUAAUUAGAGUUGUGUGUUAACAAUUACACAAUUGUACUAUAUAAUUAAUUGAAAGCAAUGAAUGUCUUUUGUGGCUGCUGUAAAAAUGUAUCGUAACGUUACUUCACUUGCUUUGACGGUAACAUUGUUCUUGAUCCUCCUGAAUGUCAAAACCAUCAGCGGGCUGUGGAGAUACAGCAAUAUUUUGGAUCACGAGAAAUUAUUCACAGUUGGAAAACCGUUCGAGCUUAUUUAUGUAGAUGGAGCACAAUUUCUUGAAUGGAGGUCUCCAUCUUGUUAUAUACAGGAUAAGAGGGCCCCUAAGACUCUUAUGAUAUGCUACGCAGAAGGCUACCACUCUGUGCUGCCAGUCAUCAAUGCAUCUUGGAGUGAAGAGGCAAGAUAUAUUUAUAUUUCGAAAUCUCCUAUGACUUUUGUUUGGUAUGCUGUCAUUCCAGAUGAGAGGAAUUCUGAGAAGACAAAGACAAUAAGAAUAUGGAUAAUUGAUCCUUUUGCGGACGAUUAUUUAGAAAUAUACAAGAUGGCUGCAAUUCCCUCACCGCAAUCUUACUACCUCAGCAGAAAUUUCUACAACCUGGGUCAGUUCCCUAGAGUCACACUGCCAUCUUCCACCAAAAAGAUUGAUGGGCAGUUCACAGAAAAUGGCUACUGGGAGGUGGUAAUGGAGUGGAACCAAACAUAUCUCACAGUAGAAAUAGAUGGACAGUCCAUCGGUUUCCAGCAUCGAUUCGUCUUAGAUGGUUUCUUCAACUUUUACUGGGAGCCCAUCCAUAACUUGUACUAUGAUACAGCAAUUCUCAUAAAGUUGGAGGACAAUAUGCUGCCCAUGCUGUCCAUUAACCCCUGUGCCACUCAUCGGUCUAUCUUAAUGACUCAGUGGGCCAUACUACAAACCUCAGAUGGUUUCCGCCAUCACAGCCAAUUAUUUGUGUACACUAGCGACCUCAUCCCAUGGGGUUUUAUUUCGAUCCGCAAUGCCAUCCUGCUAGAAGAUGGCAUCAUCUUACACAUUUCAGAUGGUCUGUAUUGGAGGUCACACGAGACAAAGGAAUUAGAGAGACACUCAGAACUUUUCCUGCAGGAUGUGCAGGGGAUUGCACAGAGGACCACAUGUUUGGACAACAACCUGCAAGAAGGAGUGGAUUUUGGACAUGUCCUGUUUUGGAAAUUGGACACUCUGUAUUUGGGGGGUAGUCGGAUCACAUCCCAUCGUGCAGGAGGGACUUACUCAAAAAAGCUAUUUACAAUACCUGCUGUCAACUUUAUGACUGUGGCUUUUGGCUCAGACCCAGCUGUGGUUGCUGUAGUCACUAUGGACAUAUACGGCGAUCUCCAACUACUUAUGUACAAUCUGAUGACGAAACGGGGAACCAUUAGCACCUUUCUAACAAAAUUCCCUUACCCUCAAGACAUCCCCUCAGGUGUCUUACACAUGCGCUUCUUUCAAUCAGCCAAGGAGUCGCUGUUGCUGUGGAAUGGCACUGCGCUUUGGUACAGUUUCUAUGAUGACAACCGAUGGGGAACACUGAAGUUGCCCAAUUUUGGUGACCGCACAGCUGCUUCAGGUAGCUGGAUACAGGAAAUAGUGCUUGAUCAAAAAUGGAACCUUGUGGUAAAGAUGGCAAACAACCAGAUGUUCUUCUGCAAGUUCGGUGUGUCUAAGCUGAUCUCUCUGCCACGCUGGGUUCCGUACUAUCAAGAAGGCGCUCUCUAUGUGAACCAGAAUAAUGAGCACAUAUAUGUGAAUUUGGUCUCAAACGGCAUAGAGUUACUUCGUUACCCUUUGCAGAUGGAGGUUCUAAGCGCCAUGAAGGGCGAGACCCUUCAUGAUUGUCCCUAUGUCACAUUUGAACACAGCAUGAACAAACAGAGCUAUUACAUGGACAAAGGGCAGGAGGAGGUCUUCUGGGCACAGGUGGUCUAUCCUGAAGGGAAAGGCGUGAAUGUGAAAGUGCUGAAGAGCAAUGUUGGACUGCUGGACUUCCACUUCUCUAAUGACUUUGACUUUGUCCACACCAUUUUCACAGUGAACGUGACCUUCAAAGUGAAGCAAGCGAAGGACUACACAUACAACUAUUUGAAACAAAUGAUCAACUCAGUGGGGAUGAUGAGAGUGGAGAUCGUCCCCAACCUGAUCGAAAACAGAUGCAACCUGCCAAAGGAGAGGGUAUCUUAUUUUAGAGUUGGCUGCCCACCAAAUCGACACAUUCGUGUUGCUAGGCCAUGGGGUAUGGAGUGCGAAAUGAACACCUUCCAUAACUACACCAUUCCUUGGUCUGUGUUAAGGACUCCACAAGCUGAUGAUGUGGUUGUGGAAUAUGACUGGAAUAAUUAUGGCUGUGUGUUCAAAAUGCACUACCAGUCUGUGUUCAAACCUGUUUUGGAGCUGUAUGAUGGAGACACAUUUGUCAAAACCGUCGAUGCUAACUUCAUUGUCUGGGAGACAUUUGGUCGUAACGACUAUUCUUAUAAUACCACCAUGCGUCAGGCUGGUUGUCUUCGAGAGGCACUGACCUGGGAUGCAGUUAUGCAGCUAUACCCAAAUGAACCAAUAGGCGACCUCCGGGGGCCUGAGUUCUACCAGUCCUGUUUUAUAUUGGAGGAGGGCCGUAUAGGAAAGUUGACACAGCCAUACGAUAUCUUAAACCAAAGCUCUAGCAACCACAUAACCUUCUCUCAGGACGACAGUGCUAUUUAUGUCUUUAAAGCCAGGAUUGUGGACCCAAAUUACAGCUUCUGUGAUCUGACAACCACCUUUACUGUCCAGACCUAUGGAAUCACUAAAACGAAGUAUGAAUAUCUCAUCCCUUAUGUCACACUCAUCUUUACAUUCAUAACUCUUUGUAUCUUAGCUUACAGUUACUACAGAUAUGUUUACAUAUUCCGUGAAUUACAAAUGAGGAAAAAAUGCAAUUGAAAACACUUGAAAAUAGACAUUCUGUCGUACAGUGGUUCUUUUGAACCCAAAUGUUGGUAUGUAGCCUAUAUAUGCUGUUGUGUGUUAGAUGAGUGGCAUUGCAAUAAGUAUAGUAUGUAGAUCAGUAUGUUGCAUAACUAGAGGAUGUAUUUCUUUAACGUUUCUUAGUCAAUGGAAGUAUAUACAUUUUAUCUAACUUUGUAGAAAUAUGUAUUAUUGGCAUAUAGGUUAAUGCUGUUGCUGUUGCAUUAGCAGUCAUUUACUGUAAAUUACAUAUUGUUAAUGUAAGCAAUGUUGAAUUAUUUCUAAUCCUGUACCUUUACUGAAGAGCUUUAAGAAUAAUUUUAACAUUUAAGUUAUGUUGGUUUUCUGAGACACUGGUAUAAACUGUGCUUUCUGUAUUUUUAAUGAACAAAGGUUUCCCCUAAUAAAAUGUCUUGCCAAUGUAUUGGCAGUCAGUGUAGAAACGUAUAUUUUUUUUACUAAAUAACAUCUGUAAGAAGAAGGGCCCUAUCGUGCACCCGAUGUAAGACUUGCAUAACCCCUUGUCAGUCAAUACUGAAAGUAAAUCAUUUUUAUCUGUUUUGUCAUUGCAUAUAAGACCUGUGAAGUUAGUUUCAGUU